GUCAUUAGUGCGGGUCACACGUCUGCUCAGAGCAUUAGUGUUUUCAGUUACAGCUCAGUGCAUGUGUUCUGUGAAGCAUGGAGUACGCAAAAACCUUGCUUCCCACAUCUCUGAUGAGGUCUGUGUCGUCUGUGCAGACGUCUCUUAUCCAGCGAAUGCUGUCCUCUCCUCAGCCCCGUCCGUACAAGGUCUGCACGCAGAACCGCCGCAGGAGGAAAGGCUUCACCUCCACCUGUCUAACAGACCUCAUGGAGCAGGUGGCCAGUUCUUUCUUGAUAACGUGUCAGUUCCUCACACUUGUGCUGGAGGAUGAUGGGACGGUGGUGGACUCUGAGGCUUUCUUUCAGUCUCUGCCUACAAAUACAGCAUUCAUGGUCCUGGAGAAAGGGGAAGCAUGGACCCCCAAUACACUGGUUCUGCCAAGUUUCAGAAAGCCAAGAAGAAGUGGAAUUGCUAAAUUGAGCUUUGACCUGUACAAACUGAACCCAAAGGAUUUACUGGGAUGCCUCACCGUUAAAGCCACACUCUGUGAAAUAUACACUCUCUCAUAUGACAUCACGUGCGGCAGAGCCAAGUACUUUCUGAAGUUUUUAUUGUGGUGUUUGGUGUACAUGGCCAAACUGGCGGGUCAGGUUCUCCUGUGUGGAUCCACAUACGUGCUGUGGUAUAUUGGAGACGAGGAAACCUCUGACUAAACGUCAUCAGCUGCUGACAGAUCGAAAUAGAGCGAAGAAAUCAAUACUGCACUCACGUUUAGUUUUUGCUUAGACAAAUAUCAAUAUAUAUUUGUCCUGGUAUGUUAUGUUUUAUGUGGCAUAACUGCUUAGUUCUAAAAUGUACUGUGUAAAAAAAAAUAAUAAUUGUGAACUAAAGGA